CUUCAUCGAGCCAUGAACACUAGUAGCCUCCCGAAGACAGCCUUGCCCCUGUGUUUUUGACAGUCCAUAUGCAGACUAUGAUUUUGCCAGCACCUUGUCUCGAGGACAAUCCCAGCUGUCCCAUCUGUUAUGGACUCCCCAUUGACCCAUUUGUUGAGACCCGACUCAUUUGAGCCGAAAAUAGUCCAACUCUACCUCCAUUUGUUCACAGUGCUUGCGAACGAGGAAGGUGAAGAUGCUGUUCCAACGGAAGGCUACUGGAGAGAAUUCUUCCUUCUCAAACCCGACAAACAGCGGCUGUAUGACAUUCUGGAACCAAUGACUGCUUUCGACCUGCUGCACAUGCAAGCCCAGAUGCAAGCAUUUUUCAGACGGGCUAUCGCAGAGGCAUGCUCGGGAGUCUCUCCUAGGAACGAAAAUGCGCUCGAGAACUUGACAGCAUUCCUGUGUGCAGUCUUCACCAAGAGGUUCGCCAAUCCAAAUACUGAUGUGAUUGAGAUACUGGCGGGACUUGGUGCCAUUGACAAAUCCAUGUCUGACCUCGUGCAUGGCCUUGAGUCGAUUGUACGACAAGCGGCCGAUGACAUCCUUCGGACAAAGGCCUUGGAGACUACCCUUGCCUUGGUUGCUGGAGGAUUUCACACCAAUCUGGUGUCUUAUUUCAUGCAUAAAGACCUCUUCUCGGCCCUCAUGAAGUACGUCCAUGAUAUACAUGGAAGUCUUUCUGCAGGGCUGAAAGCCUUCGUCAUCAUUGGGGUCCUCUCCAGUUACAACAAGUUCGAAUCACAGAAUGUAUAUCAGAACCGGCUGGAAGAUUUCGUCAACGAGGAGACGAUCCGCCUCCUAGUGCACAAUUUCGCGGACACCUGCGUACUCAUUCGAGAUCAAAUUCUGGCUGUACAGGACGACUCGCCUGCAUCCUGGACGGUGAACUCCACACUGGCAAUGGUUGGGCUACGCGCACUAUCCACUGAUGGCAACAAACCUUUGCCUCCCACUGAAGAGGAAGCUAAAGCGCUCUUCACAUCAUUACCAAAACAAGAAGCAGCUUGCAUCCUGUCUUUGUACUCUUUUGUUCAAGCGAAUAAAUUGUUUGCGGCCAAUCUACUCAACCUGCCUGCCGACAAGGAUAAAGAAUCGCCAUUCUCGGCAUUUCUCUCUUCCACAUCAUACAUCUCACAUCACGCCUAUCGUGGGCCUCGACAAUCGACAUAUGCCGUUCUGAGUCUUUUGUCGAUACGGAUUAUGGUGGAGGAUUCUAUCCUGGCGAAGAGGAUGUGCUCAGCAGAGGCGAAAGUAGUGGUGCGGUUGUGCCGGCAAAGACCUCCUCAUUUGCCGCUGGUCACGUCAGCCAGGGUUCCUGCAACAGCAAUCCUCGACAUCUGUACGGACACACUCAGCCACAAUCUUCGGAAGAGACUUGAUAUCCAGCUAUACGGUCUUGCUCUGGGCAUUAUCCUACGUAUAGUGACAUACCUUGAGCAAACCAAGACUCGACUGCAGUAUCACUGGGCUUACAUAUGGGGUUCGUUGAUUUCACUCAUCCGGUUCUUGACACAAUAUUCAAACGAUCUUCGACAUCUCAGGGGGAUGCGCGAAGACCUAUGUGGCCCGCUCGCCAGCCUCGCUGCAUUUUGUCUGUCCAAAGGGGAUGGGUUUUUGCCCGAUCCUGCAAGCUUCGACGACCUGUUCUACAAAUUGAUCGAGGCAUAUGACCUCUUGCCGAAAUUCAAACAAGCGUAUUGCGAUUCUGGUUCCCAAUCUGACACUUUGAACCGAUCGGUGGAGGCUCUGAUCAGUGUGUCGUCGCAUUAUCAUGGUCUCUUGCAAGCACAACACGGCAAAAAGACACAUCAGUCGCCGGCGGCGAUCCAGAAGGUCAUCAAAGAAGGGUAUGAGACAUUAGAUCUGGAGACUCCCAAUGAAGGCUUUGGACAAUGGGAAAGAUGGAGGGAAAGCAACUGGAAAGCGGAGCUCAAGAAAAUGAUCAGGGUUGCUGUUGAGGAUGCCAGGGCCUUGUCCUUGAGGUGAAUAAGUGUGCUUGUGGGACAUUGCAGCCUGUUUCAGGUGGUCCAACAAGAAGAGCCUCAUUCUCAUCAAAACUCCAGAUGUGUCUUCGCAUAGAUUGAGCGGAGAUGCAGCAUUUGAAGACUAAGGAGAAUGGUGUGUUCGUGCGACAGCGAUGGUGCGGUUGAAGCAGUGGUUGAUUUAUCAAAGUGAUAUCGCACGGUGCGACAUGGUCCCCACGUGACCCCGCGACUAGUGCCGGACGCCAUCUCGCACUCCAUUGUCUUCGGAUGCUCCAUCUCAAUGUACAGUACUCGUACCAGACGCCACACUUGGUUGCGCGGGCGGACAUUGCGGUGCUCGGUCUUCGGUGUUCGCGCAGUCAGGUUGCGCGAGGGUGUCUUGUGUACCUAUGGUAGGCACCGUGUCGGUAACAAAAUCACAAAUCAACGGUAGCGCGUGGUACCAGACGAGCACUUUUAUAUUUGAUCGAAGGAGAGCACACGAUUAUCGAAGGUUCAUUAGCAAACGUUGCAAGCAAGAGUUUCAGCCGCGGUGAUCGCCUGCUGACAGUACUUCGUAGGAUUCACUCGUCAAUUGAGUUAUCAGGACGUCUUCAAAAGUGGAGGGCCCACGAGUUUUUGUGCUGCCAGUGCACAAGUAAGUGACAAAGGCUCAUAACGCCCUCCGCCGCCGCUAAGAUUCGGAGGCCGCAAUGGUUGUACGUUGGACGAGGGACGGAAAACCACCUGGUACCAGGUGGGUGGGUGUCAGUGCCAGGGGUAUCGUACAGACUUGACAAGAAAGACGGUUUGCCGUCCGGAAAAAUGGCCUGUGCCUGAUGAGCCUGAGCACGACCCAGCGAGCCAGAUCCAAAGUUGUGGGAGGCGGACGAGCAAAGACCCAGAAGACUUUGGUGGAGAUUUAAUUCAUCCGUCACUCGGACUUGGCCCAAUCGAUGGAGAGGGGUUUUGUUUACAUGUACCAAAAACUUCUUAGAUGAGGUCAGCAUGGCUGUUAGAUUUUGUGAUAUCCCUAUCGCUCUUUGAGGCUGCUCUGUUCUUUGCACGGAAAUGACAG